AUGCUCACACAACGUGUGUUUACUGUGAGCCUUUCCUGGUUUGAAUCUAUCCUUACGGCUGUGCUUCUCCCUUUCAGGUGGGCUAUGGCCAAACGGGAGAAGCUGUUGGCUUUGAACAGCACGCUGGAGUUCAAGUUGCACCGAUUGUAUUUCAUUAGCCUCCUGACCGGGGGGGUCAUCAACCAGAUUGAAGCCCUGGAGUACGCCAAGAACUUCCAACCGUUCGCCCAGCAACAUCAAGGAGACAUCCAGGUGUUGAUGGGGAGCCUGGUUUACCUGCGACAUGGCGUUGCAAACUCUCCAUACCUCCACCUGCUGGACUCCAACCAAUGGGCAGACAUCUGUGACAUAUUCACCCGGGAUGCCUGUACCCUCCUUGGUCUGUCAGUCGAAUCACCUCUCAGCGUCAGUUUUUCCGCUGGUUGCUUGGCAUUGCCUGUUCUGCUGAAUAUUAAAGCUGUGAUCGAGCAGCAGCAGUGUACAGAGAUAUGGAGCCAGAAGGAUGAGCUUCCAAUUGAGAUCGAGUUGGGGAAGAAAUGCUGGUACCACUCAGUCUUUGCCUGCCCCAUCCUUCGACAGCAAGCGACUGAAUCCAAUCCUCCCAUGAAGCUGAUCUGUGGACAUGUCAUCUCCAGAGACGCACUAAACAAACUGAUCAAUGGUGGAAAGUUAAAGUGCCCCUAUUGUCCAAUGGAACAAGCUCCUGCAGAUGCCAAACGGAUCUAUUUUUGAAGACUGGCUUUGUGCCCAGUGGAUAUUGUGCCUCUUGUUGGCGAUGGGCUGUAUUCGGGUGUGUCUGGGUUAGUACUGUCUUAUUGUGACCAGUCUCGGCAAGUAAAUGCUGUGAGUGUGAUUUUUUCCCUGGACUGCGCUGAUGUGGGCUUGGCGGGUGCUUUUUGGAUAGUUCCCCUCCAUCCCUCCCAUGUCCACACAACCCUCUUCCACUCUCUUCCCCCCCCCCACCGAUCCCUACCAGCUGUUGUAAGACCUGCACUUUGUUUGCACUAAUACGGAACCAGGAUUAGUCAUGAACUCCUAUCUAACAACGCCUCCCCACCCACCCUCAUUCCCCCUUCCUUCCUCCCUGUCCCCACACACGCACACAAAAAGUAAAGCCUGUAACCAGUGGUUUACUGACAAUUACAGAACAGGUUUGCUAUCACUUGAUGUAGCAGCCCAUGUUAUGAUCCCUGUGUUGAGGAGUCAUUCCACAAUAUACCAGAGGAACUCCAGUAUCUUCACUAGUUGUCUGUGUCUACACUGACACUGUUUACCAUUGCAGAGUUGAAUGGUGUGUAUUUUUGAUGAGUAAGAUUUAAUUGUUGCCAUUUGAGAAUGGCUGACAGAUUUCUGUUCUACUUUUCCUCGUUCUGGGAGCGAUGUAAUGCACUGUCACUCAUUGGCAUUUCAAUGAGAUUUGUAGAUUCAAAGGCUCUUUGACAGUGUUUGCCUGGAGGUAGGGAUUGAGCUCUGAGUGGGGAAUGGAACAGUGUGGUUGGUCCAAACCUCGCAUUUCCCUGAAAUGGGGCACCAAGGGGAGGGAAGAGAGCAACUGAAUAAAACCGUAUGUAUUUGAUCGGCAUAUCAGUGAGAUUCUUUACAGAUGGUCUCUGAUCAUAUACAUCAGUACUGUUAGUCCUUUAUGGACUGCGAAGUUAAGCUUCUCCCUCAACAAAUCCUGAUUUAGUCUUCGAGUCUAAAGUCAGAGAAUGAAACAUUUUUUUUAAAAGAUUGAUUUAAUUGUAAUAAUGGCAGUCAACAUGUCAGGAUGGAUGGAGUGCUACUGAUUGGACAGUAAACCCCAGAAUAUAGGUAUUGUUGCUGCUAAGUACCCUGGUCCUAGCCAGAACACGAGAUGGAGUACUACUGUGUACUUGAGCUAGGGGAAAGGAGGAAAUCAUUUAGUCGGUUUGCUCUUUAUCCACUGAUCUCUAUUAAAACGUUAUGCAUGUGUUGAACAGCACAGCGAUGAGGGUACCCUCUGUAGUUGAUAGUCUUGUAAAUCUCAUUUACCUGGCCUCACUCUGAGCAUGGUAUCAGAGAGCAGUCAAUAUCUGUGAGACAGCCCCUGGCUUCAGUGUCCGUGCUGUCAGAAGGGGCGGGAUGUUUUGCUUCAGUGGCCAAUGUUCUUGAUUCAAACUUUGCAAAUCAAAUGAGAAAAUCAACUUGAUGUUUCUGUAGCAGCCCAAUCUAUCAUUCACUCAACAUACACUGAAGCAAGAACAUGGUGAUUAUUUGGACUUGUGUCUGGGAUUGGCUGGGUUUUGAAAGAGGGGCUGAUUGUGUUGAUCCUGAGCCCAGAGCCAAUGGGAGGGGGUAGAGUUAGUCAUGUUGUGGUGGCUAGUCAAUAUUCAUCAGAACUCAACAUUUUAAACAUUGACCUUUUUUAUUUAUAAUUGCAAGUUGUACUUUAUUGUUUUUGAACAUAUUCUGUACUCCGUUGUAUUUAAUAUAACCCUGUAAUUGUGCCUCUCAGAUGGGUUUUGUUUUCUGUGACACAUCACUGUAAUUGCCUCUUGCACUAGCACCAAUUUGGUGACAGUAACAUGUCAGCCGUGAUCUCCCACUAGCUGCAGGUUGUGUGGUUGGAGGUGGACACAGAACUAAAUUCUGUCAAUUAAAACGAAACUGGCGGCCCAGUGAUGACCCUUUUGUUCUUUCUAAAGAGCCCGUCAUUGCUUAAUUAUAAACUGCUUAUAACUAAAAGUAGCCACCUUAAGCUGUGUUAAUGAAGCAAGUGUUAAGUCCCAGACAACUGGGCAAUAGGUCACUUCAUGGUUCUGUAGAAUGUGUAAAAGUAAUCUGGUUCAAUCUGGCAAAUUCCAUCAAGCUCAGGCAUUGGUUCAGCUCCAAUUCAGACCAGAUUAAAGCCUCUCCCAGCUUCAAAGUACUGAGGGUGGAACAGAAGGUACUCUGUGUCUGUCAGUCUGUGCUGCCCACACUGUAAACUGUGUGCUCUCUUGUGGCCCACUUGGUGCCUCUUGAAAGGUGCAGGGGGUUACAUUUGGAUUUCUUGUUCCUUCACUCCCAGUGCUGCACACCUGCCAAAGUCAUCAGGAAGAUGAAGAAAACAAUGGCUUGGUCAAUAGACUUCAUCCAAAGUAAUGUCCUUCCAUUUGCAAAAACAAAACUGGUUCACAUUUGUUGUUUCACGGUGAAACUGCAGAAGUAGAAAUUUGUGCUUUGGUAAAACCAAGUAGCAGAUAUUGCAAUAGGAGGUUUCACCUACACAACGUAUUCUUGUACCAUUGCAAGAAGUAAUUAGAGGCACUGAAAGUUUAUUAAAAUAUUGUAAUUUUAGGUGUCCGAGCCAAUAAUGACAGAUGCAGAAUGUCGAGCCCAAAUUUACCUGCAAUGGGUUGAAUGUAGAUGUUCUGCAAACAAAGCAUGACAUUAGAUAAAGAUGAUGCUUUUCACCAACCGCAAACAGUAGCUGUUUCUGAUGACACACUGUGCAAAAGGUGGGCGUGAUAGCUUCUAAACUGGCCUUAGAUUCUCUCUCCCCUAGGAAGGAGAGCGCAAAUGUUUCUGAAUUGUUACGGUCACAAAGAUGAUGAUUUCCCAAUCCUUUCUUGCUCUGGUUUUAGUUUGGAUAGUGUAUAAGAGUUUAGGAGCUUUGCUCUGUUCCAGAAGUUGUUGUUAAAAUUCUGAGCUUGCUUGUUAACUAUCCUCUUUCAAGGCCAGGACAUUGCGAAGGUCAUGGAACACCUGGCAAUCAGCGGUUUGGAGGGUUCAACACUGAUUUAAUUUUAGACUGUUACAUGACAUUUAAAUUAUAUUACAAAUAACUAUUAUGUUAUUUUAGAGUAAUGAUGUUUAAUAAAUAUGUUGAAAUGC